AUGAACAACAAGCUGUUGCUGAUGUUACCAACCAUCAUCAAGGCUGAACCCACAAGUGAUUCAGAUCAUCAAGAGCAUCUAACUAUUCUCAUUGCAAGUGGAAAGCGAAGAAAAUGAUUCGACAAGAUCUCACUCAUGUCAAAAGGAAAAAAUUAUUGCAAAACUCAAGAGUGAGGAUCAUUCACAUCUCAUCUUCACUCUAUGUCCUAUAAAAUGGAAAUAACUGAAGAUGAGCAACAAGCUGUUGCUGAUGUUACCAACUAUCAUCAAGGCUGAACUCACAAGUGAUUCAGAUCAUCAAGAGCAUCUAACUAUUCUCAUUGCAAGUGGAAAGCAAAGAAAAUGAUUUGACAAGAUCUCACUCAUGAUCAAGUCAAGAGACUUUCUGAGAAAGAUGUUGAGAAGUAAUUCAAGAGAUGUGAGACCUCAUUAUCAGCAUGGACUUGUAAUUAUCAGCAUGGACUUGUAAUGGUAAUGUGAAAGCGGUUCUCAAACUCUUAUGCAAGGCAUUGGCUCAUUUUCUCCCUGUUGAUGAAGGUGAACUUCUCAAGGACUUGAAUAAAAACUUCAUGGUUGAGAAAGAACUUAGUAUGAUUGUCUGCAGAUUGAGUUUGAACCAUGGAAAGUACAUGGCAAUCACAAGUGUGGCUUUUUUAAUGAUCAGUAAUGUUGAAUAUGAUCUGACACUUCCCCCGGAAAAACUUGAUAAGAACUUGGCAAGUAAUUGACUAAGAACUUGUGUGAGAACUUGAAAAUUAUCUCACAAACUAUGAAGUUGAUGAUAGGGAAGUCAAGACUGAAGAAACACUGGCCAAUUCAGCUGAUAAGAAUAAGAAGAAACCAAAGUUAGACCCUGGGAGAGUUUCAGCUGGAAAAAUACUUGCUGAAUGCAACAGAAAAGUGAGAGAAGUGAAGAAGCAAAACUCAGAUGAGAAGGUCACCGAGUGGAAGUUUGAAACAUUAUCACCAGUGACACUCAGUCAGGUGCUUUCAGUUCACUCAGUCACUCAGUCAGGUACUUACAGUUCUUUCAUUGGUUGGACUGUAUUUCAAAAGAGAAGAGAUGAUAGCUCUUAUUAAAAGAAAUCCACUAAUAGAAACUGUGUCAGAGGCUGAAGAUCCCCCCUCUGCUGAGUCAAAGACUAGUCACAGGAGUAAGACCAAUGGAUUGAAAAUUAUUAUCUUAAAUAAAAUAGCAUCUUAUAACAAUAAACUCAUGAAAACAGUGACAAGUUGGAGAUCAAUCACAGGAGUAGGACCAAUGGAUUGAAAAUCAUUAUCUUAAAUAAGUUGAUGCCUGAUAAUAAUAAGCUCAUGAAAACAGUAACUGAUGUAAUACAGAGCAGGCAGUGACUAAUGAAAUACAGUUAUGGUGGGAAUUGCAGCUGGAUAUGGAUGGAUCUCAAAGAGGCAAUGACGUUUGAUCUGAAUUCUAAUGCCAUGGACUAUGUGAAGUUCACAGUGACUUUUGCGGCUUCUCUUGCAAUAAAACAUUAUCAAAAAUAAUAAAGUUGCUUAGAUAUUAAAAUAUGGUUAGUGGAUUCAUGACAGUUGCUUUAGAGUUUAUAGGAUUCUGCUUAAUUGUGGGGGGGGGGGUUAAACUUGUUAUCUCAAGUGCUGUGGAAGAAGCGAAGCUUCAGUUGGAAAAAGAAGGAGUUCCAAUGCAAAUGCUAA